UCAUGUUUUCUUGUGGUGGAUAUCAAUACCUUCCUUCGCUUUCAAUUUAUUUCAUUUCACUUUCACUUCACUCUAACACCGCGUUUGUGGUUCACCUUUUCUACCUAAUUAAUUAAUUAACGCGUUUCCGUGACUGAAUCACGUUUCCUAUAAAGCGCGCUUCACGAAAACUAACUCAACUGAAAACAUCUUCUCUCUCUCCGCGAACGUCAUGGACGACGAAGUGCGCACGAUCUUCAACAAGUUCGACAAGAACGGCGACGGGAAGAUCUCGUCCGCGGAGCUCAUGGAGAUGAUGACGGCGCUCAGAUCUAAGACGUCGGAGGAGGAGGUUAAUCGUAUGAUGGCGGAGCUUGACCAGAACGGCGAUGGCUACAUUGAUCUAAAGGAGUUCAGCGAAUUACACAAAGACGGCGGCGACGUCACGGAGCUUCGAGAGGCGUUCGAGAUGUACGAUCUGGACAAGAACGGGUUGAUUUCGGCGAAGGAGCUGCACGCGGUGAUGAGGAGGUUGGGGGAGAAAUGCUCUCUCGGCGAUUGCCGGAGGAUGAUCGGAAACGUCGACGCUGACGGUGAUGGUAAUGUAAAUUUCGAAGAGUUCAAGAAGAUGAUGAAUCGCUCCUAAUAUUAACGGUGGUAGUUUUAAAAUAAUUAUUAGUUGGCUAAAAUGCCAAUUUAUUCUCCAAAUUUGAUUGUGUAGUUGCAUUUUCCGUAUUAACUAACAAGGGAAGGAGGUUCAAGUGGUAAAUGAACCCGGGAGAAUUCGAGCUGGUUUUAAAUAAGGUUUUACCUUUCCAUCAGAUUACUAAGGUUUAUUUGUCUAGAAAUCAAAUAUUUUAAAUUCAAAAAUUUCCAUAUUAAAUUAUUAAUAUUUUACUUCUCAA